CAUUUCACUGCGGCACUGCGAUGCACGGUGGUGUCCCUUGGGUCAGCUGCGCAGGAUUGAGGGGAUGGCAGUUGCUAGAAAAACUAUGCUUCCAUGAAUGUUAGAAGUAACAAUGUUUGUUGGCGUAAAGUAUUACGAUGGGCGGUUGCAUUGGCACCAGAAACAGUAGACCAUCAUCCGGUAUCGAAUCCACCGAUGAAACUAACUUGCAACAAACUGUUUCUAUAGGAAAGAACCAACCGCUCCGACAUGAGAAACCACGGUGGAAAAGUGAUGUGCCGCUCAUGGAAGGCCAGCUGCGCAGUAAGCGGGACGAGUUCUGGGACACCGCACCAGCCUUCGAGGGCCGUAAGGAAAUCUGGGAUGCCCUCAAGGCGGCCGCUUAUGCCGCAGAAACCAACGACUUCACUCUCGCGCAAGCCAUCAUUGACGGAGCCAACAUCUCUCUCCCAAACGGGACCUUGCUUGACUGCUACGAUGAGCUAGGCAACCGGUACCAGCUGCCUGUCUACUGUCUGAGUGCACCAGGCAACCUGGUGGAGGAUGCAAGUGACGCUGAGUCACCAUCACCAGAGAGCGAGCCAUGUGCGGGUCAUGAGAUACUUCUCAAGUUGCGCCUCUCUACCACAGGAAAGGACACCAAGAUGGCUGUGCGCACGGGUGAGACCAUCCUGGCGGCGAAGCGGCGCUUGGAGGACCUUGAGGGCAUCCCAACCAGCCACCAACGUUGGUUCUUUGGGGGCAAGCUGCUCUCAGAUCGGACGCGUGUCGAUGAAGCCAAGCUGCAAAUGGGCUUUGUUGUCCAGGUAGCUGUGGCCACUCCAAGUUAGUGCCCCCCUCCCCCUUGCGACCACUGUGUCCGGGAACCCCUGCUGCACAAGACUGACAGAGCACAGCACGCCAGCACAUUGGUGCCUGUGGGUGCACUGCCCAGCGUGUGUUGCACCAGCACCUCUACCGUGUUUGAAGAAGCCCAGUGUGUUUGAGCACCCUUCCUGUGCAGUGGUUCGGACAAGGGCAAGAUCUAGGGGACACAGAGCCUUGUUCUUAAGAACAUUUAGUCCAUUUUUUAACUUAAUGCCGUAUGUAGCUCUGAGUAGUUGAAUCAGCUCAUAUUGACCAAAAUUGACCCUGCAUGCCAGCUGCAGCCAUUUUUGCUGCACGAAAGUCCAGAGGAGUAUGUUGCCCUGGUCUGUGUUAGUGAGGAGUCAAGUGGUGCUCACUGCACGCUAUGCCUAGGCAUGCAACCUGAGUGGAAUGAAUGUUGUUUUCAGAAUUACCAGCACCUUUGAUUUGCGAUGUCCUGGUUUGGAUUGAGUCUGUUCAACCUUUCCAAGGACUGCAAUCAGCACUGUAGCCUUCAGUGUUGCAGGUGCGUCAGUGCAAUGGCCUGGACCAGGAAGUGGACAGAGCCUUUGGUUUUAGCUGCUACUUUUUAAGAUUUUACAGCGCUGCUAGUUGUGAAUUGUCUAUUCAGCCUGAUUGAAGCAAAUAUGUAGUCAAGGCAGUUAGAGGAUGCCCAGCAACCAUGUCGUAAGGCUCCUUUCUGCAAGAGCCCUUAAUUGGCUCCUUAUGCCAUGUUGUGUUGUGGCAUAUCUCUGAAAUGAAUCAUUUCUGAUAAUCAUUUUAUGCAUGUCUUAGUGCCCAUGUUGACUAGUGGCACAACUGUGCUUGAAACGUGAUAGAAUUUGUUUAGUUUUUCUUCCUAGGCUUAUUGCUAUUUUAAUGCUUUUAAGGAUGCAUUUAUGAAAAGUCAUUUUGUUUGCUGUACAUAUAUGUAUAUAUCAUAUACAACUAAUGCCAUUUGUAUUUGCGUAUACAAAUAGUCUGCUUUUGAUAUAAACCUUUAUUUGAAAGCGCCUACCAGGCAGAUUUAUAGGAUGACACAAAUUUAGUUCAAGAUUUUAUGCGCGUGUACUUUGUGUUUGCCUGUUAAAAGACACAAAUAAAAACAUCCUAUCUUUGUGCAA